GACGGAACGAGGCUUCCGGUGGCGCAAAGGGUGUCGGGAGCGGCUUCCUGCAAACCUUCCCUGGCCUCUGGAGGGACCACCGUUGCCGCCGCUUCGGCUUCCACGAUCUGCGUUCGGGCUACGCGGCCACGGCGGCAGCCACUGCGACUCCCACUGUGCCUGGCUCUGUCCAUAUUAGUUCCCAGGCGGCCGACGCCGUUCCAGCAGCGGCAGCGGCAGCGGCGGACAUGUUGUGAGGCGGCGGCGCGGGUGUCUGAAGGAUGGUUUGGCCGAGGCGGCGGCAACGGCUGCUGGCGGCGGCGGCAGCGGCAGCGGGGCCUCGGGCUCCAUAGAGCCGAGCCCGCUGGGUACCCGCCCGGUACCGCGGCGAGGCCAGUGCCCCUGGAUCUUGCCUCUGCUCCGACGCCGUUGGGGACCGGUUAGGCGACAGCGCCCGCCCCUCUGAGGAGACACGAAGGUGGUUCCCAGCCGCUCAGAUUUCCGGACCACCGCGCUUUCCCCUCCUCAGCCUGGGCUGUGCUCUCUCUAGAAUCCUCAGGCCCCCACUUUCUUCCCAAACUCAUCCUAAAUCUCUCACACACGCGAGUGUUCCCAGCCCUCAAGCCAGCGGCUCCUCCGUUCAUUUUCUGCACCCUCUUCGCAAAGCACCCCCCGGGAUCACUCUCCGAGGGCGGCUUUUUGAGAAAUCUCCGUGGAGUAGUGGACCAGAGCUCGGGAGUUUUUAAAAGCCGGGGCGCGAGAAACAGGAAGGUACUAUGGCUUCCUCGUCUGGCAACGAUGAUGAUCUCACUAUCCCCAGAGCUGCUAUCAAUAAAAUGAUCAAAGAGACUCUUCCUAAUGUCCGGGUGGCCAACGAUGCUCGAGAGCUGGUGGUGAACUGCUGCACUGAAUUCAUUCACCUUAUAUCUUCUGAAGCCAAUGAGAUUUGUAACAAAUCGGAAAAGAAGACCAUCUCACCAGAGCAUGUCAUACAAGCACUAGAAAGUUUGGGAUUUGGCUCUUACAUCAGUGAAGUAAAAGAAGUCUUGCAAGAGUGUAAAACAGUAGCAUUAAAAAGAAGAAAGGCCAGUUCUCGUUUGGAAAACCUUGGCAUUCCUGAAGAAGAGUUAUUGAGACAGCAACAAGAAUUAUUUGCAAAAGCUAGACAGCAACAAGCAGAAUUGGCCCAACAGGAAUGGCUUCAAAUGCAGCAAGCUGCCCAACAAGCCCAGCUUGCUGCUGCCUCAGCCAGUGCAUCUAAUCAGGCGGGAUCUUCUCAGGAUGAAGAAGAUGAUGAUGAUAUCUGAAAUUCACCAGCUGAGUUUCUAUUUCUUCUAUACAUGUUUUUCCCUGCACAACAAAAACAGUGAAAGAAAUGCUUAUCUGUAAUUUUGUAUGCAUCUUGGUGGACUUGUCAUUGGUAUUCUAGGGAUGUCUGCUAUUAAGUUUCAUCUAUUGUGUGCUAUACAUGUAAAAACUGUCUCUUUGAACUAUUGAAAAUUUAAGGUUCAGUAUAUCAAUUUUGAAUUUUUAAUGGUGUUUAUGAAAUUUUAGAUAGCAGCGAGUCCUUCAUUUGAUCAAUAAACAGUGUUACAGAAAACUUCAAGUUUAUAAAAAUACAGUGAAAUUUCUACAAAGCUCUAAAUCUGCAUUUGCAUUUCCUCUGCCCUUUUAACUAAACUAAAACUUGUGAAUUUUAAAUUAUUAAGGGGGGGUGCUGUGUGAAUCAGUAGACAUUGGACUGGGUUGGUGAAAGAGUUCAGUUCUGUAAGUAUCUGAAUUUGUCUUUUAAAAUGAGUACAUAUAUAGGCAAUAAAUAUAUAUGCUCAGAUCAAUAUACUUGUUUAGAGAAACUUCAAGACAUUCAAAAACUAGGAAGGAGUAUGUUUAAUAGUAGUUGUAUAAAUUUGGUGGUUAUGUUUUUUUAUUUUGUUUCUGUUUUUUGUAGACGUAAAAACUGUAGUUUUAUUAUAGCAUAAUUCAUUUUGAGCUCCACUAUGACAUUUCAAAGACUGCCCAGUUUGGAAGUCUGUCAUGAUUUUUACUCUUUCACUCCAAUUCAGUAAUUGUUGAUAGUAUUACUUACCUAGUCCAUCCAUACUCAUAUUAUUCAAAUAUAUAGGUGGGACUUUUGAAACAAUUGCAUUGGUUCCCUUGGUUUAACUGAGGUUUAUGAAUAUUCAAACCUUUGCUGGGGGAAAGAAAUGAAAGUUAAUGAGUAUGCUUGCUAUGAGAAAGGGAUUUUUAAUUUAACUUGUAGUUAUAGUUUACUUACUGUUUUUAGAAUUACUUUUGCAUUUUCCCGACUAGAUGGCCUAGAGUCCAACAUUACCUUUUGAGAUGACAUUAUUGUCUCCAUCAUAAUUAAGUGAUAGCUUUAAAAAAAAGAUUAGUUUUGCUUAAGAAGUUAUGUUACAACUGAUCAGCCCUAUAUGAAUUAACUGAUCAGCCCUAUAUGAAACAUAAGUUGUGUUAUAACUGAUCAGCCAUAUAUGGAACGUAAAUAGUUUCUACCUGCUUGUUAGAGAAGCUUUAAUUUGGUUCUAAUAAAUAAAGUAUGGUAGUGAUUAUAGGAAUCCAGGAUGUUGAAGAAAUGGCAUAGUGUCUAUAUUUUGGAAACAGAAAGGAAAAGUCACUUAAGAUAGUAUUAAGUAAUUAAAUUCCUAUGUCAGCUGCCAAAUCUUUUAAACGUAUGUAUUCACCAAGCCCAAAAAUAGAUUGUGGCUUCCAGGAUUCCAAUUUUAAUUGGAGAGCUAAGUAAGUAAAGUUUUAUAACUAUUAGGUUUCUUAAUGAUCAUAUUUUGCAGUUUUAGUAAAAGGGAAAUAUUGUUAUACAUUUAUUAAAUAUACUUCCCCCAUGAAUUGAAAAGGUUAAUUUUGCUGAAUGUUUUAAGUUGAAGUUACUUCAUGGAUGUCAUACCCAUGAAGUGCAUUUGGAUGAGAUAGAAGAAAUUGUUUUUUAAAAAGUUUAAGUACCAAAGGUAGUCUAGUCUAGAACAAUAAGUUAAUACGUGUUGGCUUUUCUAAUUUGUACUGUAACAUCCUUAUACUUUCUAUUUUAAGUAUAUCCGUUUCUUAAGUAAACAGCUUAGAUAUUUUCCACGCCUUUUUUUUUUUUUCUGAUGCAGAGUUCAGGUUAAUUUUUUACUGCAUCUGAUAAUGUAUUAUAAGUUUGAAGCCUAGUGACUUUUCAUUUUGACAUUCUUGUGAUUUCAUAUGCUGUAUUCUUCAAGCAAUAAAAUUGUGAUGUGUUUUAUAAAUGGUUUUUAAUAUUUAAUGAUCUACAGAGAGAUUUCUAUUAUUACCAUUUUUACUAGUUUCAAGAAUCUUAGGCCCAAAAGACAUUUUGGUCGUUUAGUAUGUAGUACCUGCCUUUUGUUUUUGUUUACGGUUAUUUCAAAAAAUGUGGUUUUACUUGUGUUUUUGUAAUUUACAGUCCUAAGAUCAAGGCAUAACAAAGCUACUUAUGCAAUAUUUUAUUUUUAGGUUUUUUUUUUUUUUUUUUUUUUUUUUUUAGCAUUUAAGAGUCACUAUUAUGUUUUGCCAGUUAAAAUUUUUUAAAUCUUUUAAAGAGAAAAACAAAAUCUUUAGCGUUCUUGAGAAAUAAAGUUAUUGUUCAGUAAGUAUUUUUCCAUCCCCUUGAAUAUAUGUUAUAUAUAUUUUUCGGCAGAUUAUCAGAUUAAUAAGUGUUUAAAAGGCAUCAGUUUUUAAAACUGCAUAUACCACACACACACAAAACAGUACACAAAUAAAGGUUUUCACAAAUUAAGCAAACUCACAUACCAGUCUUCAGAUCAAAACACAGCAUUAUGUGUACCCCAGAAGCCCUCCUCUUGCCCCUGUCUUAACAUUAUCUUCUUUCUUGCUGAAAGUUAACUAUGCUGACUUUUAAAAUCAUAGAUUAGUUUUGCCUGUUUAUUUUAUGUAAAUGUAAUCAUACAUAAUACACUUUUUUUCAUUCAUCAUUUUUGUGAAUAUUUUAGUUUCUUGUUGCCACUGUAACAAAUUACCACAAACGUAGUGACUUAAAACAACACAGAUUUAUUCUUUUAUAGUCCUGGAGAUCAGAAGUCCAAAAAUCAGUUUCAUUAGGCCUAAAUCAAAGUAUCAGCAGGGUUGGCUCUUUCUUGAGGUUGUGAAGGAGAAUGUUUUCUUCCCUUUUUUGGCUUCCAGUGACGGCCUGUAUUUAUGGGCUUGUGACCCCUUCCUCUCUAUGAUCAAAGCUUGCUUUUGUCAUUAUAUCAUCUUCUCUUCUAUAGUCAGAUCUUUCCCUGCCUCUACGUUUAGGGCUCACAUGCAUAAAGCAGGGAUAUUCUCCCUAUCUCAAAAUACUUAAUUUAAUCACAUCUGCAAAAUCUCUUUUGUCAUGUAAGUGACAUUCACAGGUUCCAGGGAUUUGUAUGCUGGCUAUCUUUGGAGGCCAUUAUUCAACCUGCCAAAGUGAGAUCCAUUCUUAUUGUUGCAUGUAUUUGUAGUUCAUUCAUUCUCAUUACUGUGUAGUCUUCCAUUUGUUUAUCCAUUUUUCAUUACAUCCAAAAGUUAUUCAUUCUCCCAUUGAUAGUCAUUUGAGAAUUUUUCAGUCCUGAGCUAUUAUGAAUAGUACUGUGGAGAACAUUCUUAUACAUGUCUUUUGGUGAGUGUAUACAUUUCCAUUGAGUAUAAACCUAAGAAUGGAAUUGCUAGAUUGUAGGGUGUGUGUAUUUUCAUUUUUAGUAUUUACUGUCAAACAGUUUUCCAAAAUAACUGUAAGGCACCAUUUUAAUGUGUACCCUUAAUUACCCUAAUGAUCUUAGUGGGUUGAAUUUCUCAAAACACCUAAAUUGUACCAAAUGAGUUAUAUUGCAGCAGGUAUGUUGUUAUUUAAUUUCGUAUAAGAGGAAAAUAAGAGCAAAAGUAAUUGCCCUUAUUAACUGACACAUUAGUGUUACAUACUCAUUAGGUUAUUGCUCCUUAGAAAAAAUGUGAAUUUUAAGUAAUCGUAAGUAGUAUGUUGAAUUAGUAUGUUGUGGGAAAAUCUGUGAUUUAAUUUUUUAAUUGAAUUUUAAAUUUUGGGUUAUAACCUCAUUAAAAUGCAUGAUAUUUCCUUAUAUAGGUUUCUAAAUUAUGUCUGUCCAACUCAUCUAUAUCCAAAUGGCCAUCAGGAAGAAUUAUCCAAUUCAGAUUGCAUAGGCACUGCCUUCCACUUUCUUCACUUGUAUUUUUUUGUUGCUGUUUUGUUUUUUUCCUCUGUCCCCAACAAUUUGACCACAAGUCCUACCCCAGCUCCUCUGUUUUUCACCAUCCCCCAGGAUAUAAAGUGUCAUGGUUAGGAUCGGCCAGGGUGAAGAGAAUAACAUAAAUAGCCUCCUUUCACCUAAAUUAUUACCACUGGUUCUUAUCCUAUUUCCUCAAAAGAAAUGAGAAGAGAAAGUAAGGAAUAAGAGGAAGGAAUUUUUUUUUUUUUUAAAGAAACAGGGUCUCACCAUGUUUUUUUUUUCUUUUCUUUUUUUUUUUGAGACAGAGUCUCGCUCUGUCGCCCAGGCUGGAGUGCAGUGGCGCGAUCUUGGCUCACUGCAAGCUCCGCCUCCCGGGUUCACGCCAUUCUCCUGUCUCAGCCUCCCGAGUAGCAGGGACUGCAGGUGCCCGCUAGCACGCCCGGCUAAUUUUUUUGUAUUUUUUUAGUAGAGACAGGGUUUCACCAUGUUAGCUAGGAUGGUCUUGAUCUCCUGACCUUGUGAUCCGCCCACCUUGGCCUCCCAAAGUGCUGGGAUUAUAGGCGUGAGCCACUGCACCUGGCCUAUGUUUCUUAAUAUAGAUUGCAGUGGCUAGAUUACAGUGACUAUUCACAGGCAUAAUCAUAAUGCACCAUAGCCUCCAAGUCCUGGGCUCAAGGGAGGAAACUUUUAACUUACGAUCAGUUUCUACCAUAAAUCAAGCAACUUAGAAAAACCUUAGAACAUGGUUUCUCAAACCAAGCAUUGUUAGUAUUUGGGGUUGGUUAAGUCUUUGUUUGUGGGAGACUAUCCUGUGCAUUGUAGGAUUUCUAGAAGCAUAAUUGGCUUAUACCCACUUGAUGUCAUUAGCACUACUCCCCACCCUACUUCCAGUUAUGACAACCCAAAAAUGUCUCCAGACAUUGCCAAAUGUCCCUGGGUGUUUCGAGUAUAGGAGGCAAAAUUGCCUCCUGUUGAAAACCACCACCUUAGAUCAUCUACAUUUUACUUUUAGGAUAAGACACUUGAGGGAAAGGCUGUGAAACUGAACCUCUGUUAGAAGCAACACACAGUAUCACUGCAAAAAGACUAAAAGAAAUAGGUGAUUUGGAAAGAAGAGGCCCAGGAUUAAAAUAUGUUUCCAAGAAAGUAAAAUCUUAUAGGAGACUCUUGACUUCACAUCUGCUGAUCCCUUUACCUGAUAGGACCUAGAGCAGCUAUUAUAAAUCUCUGUACCUGCUUGCUGCUUUUCUACCUCAUUGUUAGCCACACCCAGUUUGAAACAGAUGAGGUAUGCUAUUUCAUAACUAGUACAUCUUUUAAUAAGCAUUUUUUAUUGUGAUUAAAUAUGCAUAUCAUAAAAUUCACCACUUUAGCCAGUUUUAAGUGUUCAAUUCUGUGGCAUUCAGUAUAUUCAUACUAUUGUGCAACCACCACCACCAUCCAUCUACAGAACUCUUCGUCUUCCCAAACUGAAAUUGUGUAUUCAUUAAACGAUAACCCCCCCAUUACCUCCUCUCCUCAGCCUCUGGUAACCAGCAUUCAGUCUCUAUGAAUUGACUACUCUAGAUAUCUAAAUGGAUUCAUUCUUAUUUCAUUUACCAUAAUGUCUUCAAAGUUCAUUCAUGUCGUAGCAUGUAUUAGAAUUUCUUUUAAAGGCUGAAUGUGCCAUAGUUUGUAAAUAUCGUAUUUUGUUUAUCCAUUCAUCCACUGAUGGGCACUGGGUUGCUUCUGCUUUUUGGCUAUUGUGAAUAAUGCUUCUGUGAACGUGGGUAUACAAAUAGCUGUUUGAGUCCUAAUAGGCUUGUUAUUUUUGAGUGCACAGAUCUGUAUAUUCGCAAUUGAAAUAGGGAAAGUCUUUAUAUACAUAUAAACAUAAUUUGUAAUACAAUAAGUCCUCAAUGUUGUUGAUAGUUUCUGGGAAACUGCGAGUUUAAGAAAAACAACAUAUAAUGAAAUAAUUUUACCAUAGGUGAAUUGAUAUAAAUAAGAGUUAAGUCCCUAUGGCAUACAUUUCUGGUCACAAAAACACUACCAAAUUUCUAAUAAAGACCCAAAACACUUCUAAAAUUAAACAUUGAGAUUAAUGUGAGCCUUAUAUACAUUUAGAAAGGAUAAAAACAAGUAAGAAUUGGCUGGACAUGGUGGCUUAUGCCUGUAAUCUCAACACUGGGAGGUCGAGGUGGCAGAUGGCUUGACCUCAGGAGUUUGGAACCAGCCUGGGUAAUAUGGUGAAACCCGUCUCUACAAAAAAAUACAAAAAUUAGCCAGAGGUGGUGGCUUGCGCCUGUAGUCCCAGCUACUCGGGAGCCUGAUGUGGGAAGAUCCCUUGAGCCUGGGAGGUCGAGGCUGCAGUGAGCCAUGAUCAUGCUACUUCACUCCAGUCUGGGCAACAGAGCAAAAUCCUAUCUCAAAAAAUAUAUAUAUAUAUUAUCCAGCCCCAAAUGUUUAUGGGGUUGUUAUUGAUAGACCCUGCAUUAAACAGUCCCACAGUCGGUGCUGCGGUGAGCUGUGAUGGUACCACUGCAUUCCAGCCUGGGUGACAGAAUGAGACCCUGUCUCAAAAAAAAAAAAAGUAAAAAUUAUUUACCCAAUAUUUGGCGAAUCGGUGAGUGACAGCAGUUGUAGUGGUAGGGGGUUAAAUCAAGGAAUAACUGUUGGGAAGUGAAAAUUGUAAGGAGCAUCUCCUACCACCAUGCAGUUCAAAA